AUGGAAUCAGUAACAAAUAAAACUUUUGCUAGCUUGUUUACUGAUAAUAGAAAAGCAGGAAAUGGACUAUCUCUAAACUAUUUGCCAUCGUAUAAUGCUAACACAGUCUCAUUUUCUGAUGAAGAAUGGAAGGAAGGAGAAAAUUUAUGGGGAAAUGCCCUAAUUGGACAUGUCAUAGGAUUAAAUGUCAAGUUUAAAUCAAUGGAAUCCUAUGUUAGCAAGUUAUGGGGAUCUAUUUCUAUACCGAAGGUUUCCUUAAUCAAGCAGGGACUCUUCCUUUUUGAUUUUCAUUCAGAGAAAUCAAUGAGAGAUAUUCUUGAAGCAGGACCCUGGUUCUUUGGAUCUCGGCCUCUUAUGCUAAAACCUUGGAAUAUUGAAACAGAUUUGGAUAGAAUGCAAGAUUUCUACUAUCCUAUGUGGAUACAAUUACCAAACUUAAGACUAAAUCUCCGGAGCUCUACAGGAAUUAGUAAAGUUGCUAGUCUUAUUGGAAAGCCUAUUUCAACUGACAAGCUAACUGCAACUAGACAGAGACUUAGCUAUGCAAGAGUUUUAAUAGAGGUGAAAUUACCUUUAAAUGAUUCUCUGCCAGACCAGUUGACAAUCAAAGGGCCUGAUGGAUCUAGCUAUGUUCAACCAGUCAUAUAUGAGUAUAAGCCUAAAUGGUGUACAAUAUGCUGUAAAAUUGGCCAUGAUAAUGAGCAAUGUAGAAGAAUCAAAACAAAGAAAAUGUGGGUUCCAGUAGCUAAACAGACUGUACAGGAGGAAGUCAAUCCUGAGCUUAUUGUUACAGGAAACAACUUUACUCAACAAGAUUCUGAUGCCAAUAUUGGCACUAGUGCUCAGGAAGGAAAAGCAGAAAGUCCUUUUGAUUCCCCAAAUCAGAAAGCUUUGUUAACUGGAAAACGUGCACAAAAACAUGCACAGACAGUUUUUGCUAUUCAGGUGAAUGAAACUGGGACUGGAAAAGCAGUAGAAUAUGGGAUAAAUGCAAUAAAUGAUUUGCAAUCUCAUCAAGCUACACCAAGUGUUAAUGCAACUGGUUUUUCCAGUAUAAGCAGGGCAAAAAUUACAAGAAGAGUUUCUAUAAUCAAACCUGCUAACCCAGGUAUUCAGUUAUCCCUUUUCUCUUCUUUGGAUAAUCCCUCAUGUGUUGACAGGGGUGGGAGCUCUUUUUAA